UUUUUUUUUUUUGGAUUUGGUUUUUUCAAGACAGGGUUUCUCUGUGUAGUCCUGGCUGUCCUGGAACUCACUCUGUAGACCAGGCUGGCCUCGAACUCAGAAAUCCGCCUGCCUCUGCCUCCCAGAGUGCUGGGAUUACAGGCGUGCGCCACCACCGCCCGGCCUGAUUUCCAUUCUUGAGCCACCCUGUACCUUGCAAAUUGUUCUGUUAAUGUCAGCAUUCAUUCAGAAGGAAACAGACAUUCAGAGAAGCUAACCAUCUCUUUGCUCUCUCCAUCACCCAAGCAGCCCCCCAGGGCUGGGUCUGUGCCAUUCUGCCUGUGCUGGGGAGCCCUGUGCCAGCGAGCUAAGAGUUGAUCCCAGAACAACCCAUGAGAAGUCACACUCAGAGCUUCUUCUGAGCAGCACCCCUCAGACUUACACCAGAGGAGAUGGGUGUGAUACAGACCGUAUAGACUCCCAGGCUGGGGGUAACUAACUUUUGUAGUCUUGUGGGAUCUGGGGACCUAAGUGGUUUGUUUGUUUGUUUGCUUAUUUUUGUUUGUUUUGUUUCACUGGGUCCAGCCAGUCCUGGAACUCACUCUGUAGAUCAGUCUGGCCUCAAACUAACAGAGAUCCACCUGCCUCUGCCUCCUGAGUGCUGGGAUUGAAGGCCUAUGCCAGCUCUCCAGUGACAGGGCAAGUGGAGGAACUGACUUUGUAUUCCCUGAAGGUUAGCUGCCUACCCUGGCCUAGAUUAUGGACUGUUCACCCAGGGGAUGGCAGCUAAGAUAUCAGAAAUCUAUGGAAUCACUCUGUGCUCUGCAAAUACCAAAGCGUGGACACUCAGGUGCUGCCUGUGAGGGAGUCAACCUUCAAAACACGAACCCCUGCAAUCCCCGUGGAGGAAUUCCUCCAGAGGGUCUGUGGUGGCGUGCACAAAGCGAUCCCAGUCAGGGAAAAGGGCUGUCCACAGCCUCCUGCCUGACACGUCUGCAAAAGCAAACCUCUUGCUUUCCCUUCCUUUCAUCUCUGUGCAGCUGGUGCCCGUGUCCAGGCGACACAGACUCUGCCUCCCUGGGGUCCUUUCCUGCUCCCAGGCCCUGCGAUUUGCCUAUGCAAAGCCCUGAGCAGGAAGGAGCAGCUGAGGACAUUUGUGGCAGCUCCCAGGCUCUAGAGAGGCAGAGGGGCUCCGCUCAUCCUCCGGCCAUGGACAGGUUCAGUGGCGGCAAGGCCCGGUUGGGACCACCAUUCCUACCUGCCAGAUGUGCAGACACCCAAGUGUGGAGAGAAAAUGUAGCCAGCCCGUCCUUUCUGCCUGGCCCAGAGACAAGGAGAAACAGGCAUCCCUUUUUGAAGGCCCAGGAAGAGGUAGAAGAGGAGGAUAAAUAUGAGCUGCCCCCGUGUGAGGUCCUGCCCGUCAGUCUGGCCCCUGCACAGUCCCUUGGCUCUGAAGAGGACGCCUUGUAUCUGGAUCGUUCUGGGCCCGUGGAUCCAUCCAAGCCCCCACCGCCCCCACCUCAGUCUGCCAUGGCCAGAGGAUUCCCCAUAAACCCUUCCUUCCCUUUCCGCCCUACCUCUGGCUACCAUUUCCCGCUGAAGACAGUACCGAACCUACAGCCUGCAACCCCAAAGCAGGGACCUGUUUUUGGAAGGCGAGGGCGAGGUCCACCUGCUGGAGUGGUGACAGAGCGUACAGAGAAAGCCAGCGAGGACAUCUACCUGGAGUGCGAGCCUGAUCCACUUCCAGCCUUAACUAGGUCUCUGAGCUCCAAAGCCCUGGUGCCUCCAGUUCCUCUGCCAAGAACAUCUGGAUUGCCCAAGUCUGUGACCGGUCACCAGGAGGCUCGGAAUGGAGCUGUGGAUGCGGCGUUGAAAGAUGCUUCCCUCAGAUCCUCGGGUCCUAGUCACGCCAAGCUGCCAGUGUGUGUCCCAAGAUCUCAUUUGGAAGCCAUGCAAGGCCCGUCGGGUGGGUCCUCCCAGGGUGUUGGGCCUGGGAAUGCAAGGGGCUCAGAAUGGCCUAUGUCGGGCAUUAGCCCUGCUGGCACCCUCUGUUGCAGGACCCACCAUGAAGCCUCCUCACCCGUCCCCUUCCUGGUUCCAGCCCUCAUCUCUGCUUCUUUCAGCAGGAAGGAAGCUGUCUGCUUCCUCCAUAGCUCCUGCUCUGAGUACCUCUGCUGCCGAGGGCUCCCUGCUCUCCCGGCCCUGCUUGAGUGUGUCUCUUCGAGCAGCUCUGUGUAUGUACAGGAUGGCAGUCUGCUGGGUCAGCCUUGGUACUCUGGGAACUGUGACCGUCAGUCUGUUGAGAGAGCGCUGCUUUACUUCCAAAAGGAUGGGGCCUACACGGUGCGCCUCAGCUCUGGGCCUCACAGUUCCCAGCCCUUCACUCUGGCAGUACUCCUCAGAGGCCGUGUCUUCAACAUUCCCAUCCGGCAACUGGACGGCGGGCAUCACUAUGCCCUGGGUCGGGAGGGCAGGAAUCAUGAGGUCUUCCCCUCUGUGGUCGCCAUGGUUCAGCAUUACACGAAGCACCCCCUGCCCCUCGUGGACAGACACAGUGGCAGCCGGGGACUCACCUGCCUGCUCUUCCCCACCAAGCCCUGAAGAAACAGCAGAGCAGGAAUCCGCCACUGGCACACGGUGUGCCCCUGCACCUUUCUUCUCACUGUAGGCCGCUUUCUAUUCCUUGCCAGCCUCCACCCCAAAGGCCCUGCAGGUUCAAAAUGAGAGGCAGGAAGAUGGCCACCUGGGGGAGGCUGGCUUCCUUUGAGACACUGCCUCUCCGUAGACUGACUUCUUGUGAGGGGUUAGCGUCUUCUGGGAGGAACUAGGUCCCCAGCACACAGUAUACUUUCAAUAAACAUGUAUUGGCUGAA